UGAAGUAUUCUUCAACCAAAAAACACGGCUUCCGAAUAGAAUAUCAUGAUCAUUAUCCUGCCAGUGAUGCAUGUCACUUGGUCCCCUUCCUCCCCCUGCACAUGUGGUUAGUAUAUAGUUAGAAGGUCAGCGCAUUGGGAGGUAAGUACAUGUAGGUACCUUAAGCAGAGAGCCCAGACGCCAGAACACCUCUAAGCUAAGUACUAUAAGUACCAGCUUAGGUAUCUACUUAGGUACACAUUAAGUACUCUAGGUACCUAAGCCUAGCAUACAAAACCCCUGACAUCACCACAUUCAAGCGAACCGCCGCCUGCGAUGAGGUACACAUCUCAUUUAAUUCCACGCCAUCUCACUGUCCCUCAGACUUGUCUGUCUUUGUCUUAUGCGUCAGUGGAUGGCUACAGAUUCCCAACAAUCAACUCAUCUUCGCUGUGAAUAUGGUUCAGUCCAUGCUACAUUUAUUGAACAUACUGCCUGUAAGAGUCACCGCGCGCACAUGAAUCUCCAGGCGUGGCAACUUGACCUCAGCUAUGGCCAAAGCUGCAAGCGAUAAUACGGUUCGUCGGCGCAGCGCAAGACACGCUACGGCCCAAGAGAUACCAGCGACAGAUGUUGACGAGAUCAAGACUGAGAGUGCUGGCCUGGGCGAUGAUGAGAAGAGAAACCCGGCAAAAGCCGGUGCUGGUGCUGCUAAGAGACGAAUGGCCACAAACUCGCUCUUAGCGGAACCUCGACGAAGCAAGAGAGUCAAAUCCGUCAAGGAAGUGCCCGAACAGAAUGGGGAAGUAAAAUUCAAAGACGGAAGCGAGGUAGAAAACGCAGGGAGAAAACGCAUCAAGCUUGAAGACGAGGACUCGUUGCCUAUAUCAUCGCCGCCGUUGCUGGCGCCAGUUAAAGAAGAGGUGGAUGACGACAGCGAUAAAGGUGACUAUAAUAGAGACGCCUCGGAUGGAAAGAAAACCAAAGCCAAGGGCAAAAGUAAAGCCAAAACAACAACAACGACGACGACGUCAACAUCAACAGCAGAAGCAGCAGCAGAUCUUCUCCAAUCCAAAAAGCUCAAAUCCUACUCCCAAUUCGCAGCAGUCAGCCAAUCGCCCUACCCAGACUUCCCCCACCCAACCGCGAGCGAGGCCAAGCUCGCGCACUCAAUCCUCUCCCGCCUCCACGGGGCCCGGGAGCGACCUGCCGGCGCCAUCGUAGCCCCGAAAUCACGUUCAGGAUGCGGGGACUCGUCCUCCGUUCUCGACGCCUUAGUCCGCACAAUACUAUCCCAAAACACGAGCAACAAGAACAGCUCGCGCGCCAAGUUAUCCAUGGACGCCGUCUACGGGUCGAGCGCAUCAUGGUCCGCCAUCGUGGCGGGCGGCCAAGAGAAGCUCGCGAAGACGAUCGAGAGCGGCGGUCUAGCCGUCGUGAAAUCCAAAGUCAUCAUCUCCAUCUUAUCCCAAGUAUACCAGAAAUACGGCACGUAUUCGCUCGACCAUUUGUUCUCCGCGUCAGACGAUGACGCGAUGCGCGAGAUGCUCUCUUUCAAGGGCGUCGGUCCAAAGACGGCAUCGUGCGUCUUGCUCUUCUGUCUGCGGCGCGAGAAUUUCGCCGUCGAUACACACGUCUAUCGUAUCACGGGUUUGUUGGGCUGGCGGCCUGGUGCUGCGACGCGGGACCAGACGCAUGCGCAUCUCGACGCUAGGAUCCCUGAUGAGGAUAAAUAUGGACUGCACGUUCUGCUUAUCAAGCACGGGAAGGAAUGCGCUGAGUGUAAAGCUGGAGGGAAGAAUUUGGGAAAAUGUGAGUUGCGGAAGGCUUUUAGGAAGCUGAAGAAGAAUAAGGGCGAGGAGGAUGGGUUGGUAGGAGAUGAUGAUGAUGAUGUGGUGAAAGAGGAAGAGGGAGAAGAAGGCCAAGGGGAGAAAAUUGAAGAAGAUCUCAAGGAUGAUGUGAAAGUGUAAGGAUUGGUCAUGAUGUGGUGGGUGACCUGUGUUAUGGGUGGACGGAUUACGAGUUCUUGACAUCCUUCUCUCCCAUAGCAUCGUUGUAAUAUCUUGUAACAUUAGUGUAACUGUACUCGACUCAGAGACGAAUGUAGCGUUUUAGCAUGUAACUAUAUAGCGCGACAAUGGUAUAAUCUGGUCUGUUAUAAAUACC